AUGGCUGAACAUGAGGGUUCAUGGCAUGACUCACCACCUGGACAUCGACAAACCGGCAACAAAAACCACAAGGAGUCUACCGGAUCGAGGAGGUCAUUGUUUCGCGGCAAAAAGGGCAAGAGGCUAAGUGAGACGCCCAUGAUCAACGUUGAUGAGUAUGACGGGGAUGCCAACGAAAGGCGAACAUCGAUCUUGCGGAAGAGCAAAAGAGGUAACACUCAAGCUGAGGAGGCUGCAGGUGCGAACCUAAUAAGCCGUAUUUCGAGCCCAUUCGACUUUCAGCACCUCUCCCAUACUGAUCGACAUCAAAUCGCUGCCCUCGAAAAGCAACUCCCAGAUUCACCAACCGAGAGCCUCCAUUUCAGGAACUUUUCUUCUGAAAACCUUGCAAUUGGAGAGGAUAGAUCCUCAUCUGCCCUUGGCUUUAGAUCACCCCCUCGCAGUCCAGAUGCGCGCCAUGAGUCGGAAAAUGCACCCCAUUUUCCAAUGAUGCGACGACCACUACGUCUAGCCCGAUCUAUAGAGAGCUUCUCCCAACCCGGUAUCAGCCCUCGGAAACAUACCCACACAUCUUCUUCGGUACAGGCGCCUCUCCAAUCGCCAUAUCUCCCUCUUGGACCUCCUUUCGAUACACCUGAAAUUGCAUAUGAAGAGACAGGACCAAUCCCACGCAGAUCGUCUCGAUCCAAGCGAGAAUCAGGUAUCUGGGACUCGUUUGCGCUCUCGGCUGUGUCCACACCAGACAUAAUACCUGAAAUACUAGAAGACUCCUCGUAUUUCGGCCAUGCGGUAACAACACCUGACGACUCGGCCAUUCACGCAACGACACCGCCAUCGUUUAGCCCUAGUCUCGCAGAUGUCGCUGAGGAACCAGAGAGAUUCGUCAGCCCAAGGCCUGCACCACAGCCGCCAAUGAAGACCCCGACUUCACCGAGAUCGCCCUACUUUGGGUCGUUCUCCUUUCAGAGCCCGCGAUCACCAGUCAACUCUAGGGCACAUGGUCGGGGUCAAUCUCCUGCCUCACCAAGGGCAGCACCGUCUGUCUCGCGACCCUCAUCGCAGAUGUCUGAUACGUUGGGCUCGGGUAGUAUUCCAAGGAGAAUGUCCAUUCGAAAACCUACUCAUCGUCGCCAGUCGAACACAUGGCGCGCAAUAGAGGAGUCAUGGGAAGAGGACGUUGACUAUAUUUAUGACAACGCCCUCGAAGCUGACUGUGACUUCGAAUGGGAUCGUGCAUCUGAUGAUGGUGUUCGCUGUUGCGAAACACCUUCUGCGGAGCAAGCGAAUAACGACAACCUAAGAAUCACGCCCGCUGAUAGAGAGCGCUUCGCUUCUGACAAUUUCCGCUCGUCUCUACUCGUUCCCAGCACAGGAAGUGUGCCAGAGCUAGUCCCAACUUCUGCGAUAUCCACAUCUACCAUGGGUACUGGACUGCCACCAACACCAUCGGGAUUCUUCAAUGCCAACCGCUUCAGCGGCGACACUGGAUUCAUACUAAGCCCUUCCCUCCUUGUCCCCCAAGAAUACAAGGAUACCAGAGAAGUCACUUACGAGGACUUGCUUGACGACCGAAAGUCGCUUGGCUUUAGUCUGGCAGGCGAUCAAUUAUCGGAGCAGAUCGCAUUUCUCAACGAAGACAAAGAAGACGAUGACGUUACGCCGCCAGGGCGUACUUUGGAAGGGCGAACAUUUUUCGCUUCAGAUGACGAAGCGCCACAAGAUGAGGAGCAAUCUCGCAGCUCCAUAGAGACUGAGCUCAGGGCCUCGCUUGAUCUGGCUCGACGUGGCUCGCAGCGUACCAAUCAUCCCACCGUCGAAGAAGAGCUCAAGUCAUCGCUCGAUCUUGCGCGUCAAGGGUCACCACGCUCCGCUCGUACUUCAGCACGCCAGCACAAACAAGCCCUGUCUGACGGUGCUGCCAAGCUGCUUUCCGUUUCUGUACCUAAAGAAGACUCAUCAGCCAAGCUACGCAAUCGCUCAGCGACCACAGCGCAGGCGCGCUCCCCAUGCUGA